AUCGGGACUAUAUGGAGGAUGGUCCAAUAAUUCCACGUUUUCUUCUGUUAAAUACUGCCUUGUUUUUUGGGCUGUGUGCGAGGUUGCAUUGUCUUGGUGGAGUAUGAUUCUUCUCUCGGGGUUGAUUUUUCGAAGCUCGAACGGAUGACUUUUGUUUGGCUUUUCUUCAUACAAGUAAAUCCACGAUUCAUCACCACUAACAAUGCUGUACACAUUUUUUGAGUUUCCGG